AUUAACGAUCCAAACACCAAAUACAUCCUGAGAACUGCAAACCGACUUUAUGGGGAAAAGACGUUUGAGUUUCUCUCAUCCUUUCUAGAGUCGAGUCAGAAAUCCUACCACGCUGGACUGGAAGCGACUGACUUCAUGAAUGCUUGGGAGGAUUCCAGAAAACAAAUCAAUGGCUGGGUAGAGGAAAGGACUGAAGGUAAAAUUCAGAACCUGUUGGCGGAGGGGCUUCUUGAUUCCCUGACCAGACUUGUGUUGGUGAAUGCCAUCUAUUUCAAAGGCAAGUGGGAAAAGCAGUUCAACAAAGAGAGAACCGCAGAAAGGCCAUUUCAGAUUAACAAGGAGGAGACCAAGCCUGUGCAGAUGAUGUUCAAGAAGGAUAGAUUUAACAUGACCUAUAUUGGAGACUUCCAGACCAAAAUCCUUGAGCUGCCCUAUGUCGGUAAUGAACUGAGCAUGAUCAUCCUGCUCCCUGAUGCAAUCCAGGAUGGAUCCACGGGCUUGGAAAGACUGGAAAGAGAACUUACGUAUGAGAAGCUGAUAGAUUGGAUCAAUCCUGAAAUGAUGGACUCUACAGAGGUGAGGGUGUCUUUACCCAGAUUUAAACUGGAAGAAGAUUAUGAUCUGAAACCCAUUCUGAGCUGCAUGGGAAUGCCUGAUGCAUUUGACUCGGGGAAGGCAGACUUCUCAGGAAUGUCAUCUGGCAAUGAGCUGGUGCUCUCUGAAGUGGUUCACAAGUCCUUUGUGGAAGUCAACGAAGAAGGCACUGAAGCAGCUGCUGCCACAGCAGCAAUAAUGAUGAUGCGCUGUGCAAUGAUAGUUCCGGAUUUCACUGCUGAUCAUCCCUUCCUCUUCUUCAUCCGGCACAACAAAUCUUCCAGCAUUUUGUUCUGUGGCAGGUUUUGCUCUCCCUGAAGAGGAGUUGUCUUGGUAGGAUAGGGUCCAUUGCACAAUAAAGAUUUCUCUAGAA